UUCUUUUUUCAGGUUUUACUUAAAAUCUUAUUGUUAAAUUUUGGCAGUUUUCUUUUUGCGUAUAGAUAAAGUAGUAAACUAAUAAUUAUUUUCGUUAAUCAGCCGGAAAUUAAUUUGGUGUACUGGUUGUUUAAAAAUUGUUUGCUACGGCUACGUUCAUCUGGCACAUAUUAAGACCUUCGCUCGGUUGGAAAGAAGUGACUCGGAGUUUCGGACUGGAUAUUUUGCAGUAGGGGGGCAUCACGAUGUUCUUAACCUUCUGCCGUUCGAAUACAGGAUUCUUGCUUAAGUUCCGUUGCACCGUUAGCCUCAUCAGCCGCCGCUAAAAGCGCUCGACACAUUAAGUGGUUUCGGAACGUUUUUCCGCUAGUGUCCGUUCGUUGUUGACUCCUAUAUGGCUACCCCAUCCUCAUCCCGAUCGAAGCGCAAGUUGGACCGCAUGGAGGCGGAUCCCGUUCCCGAGAUUGUCGAAGUGGAGCAGACGGUGAACGGCGCCAAGGGAGACCUGCGCGGCGAGAAGCUGCGACGCUGGAUGAAGCGCACGGCGGAGGAGCGCUUCAAUCUCACCUGGUCGGCCAAUCAGAAAGCCACGGAGAAGGUCUACGCCAGCCCCGACUACCACUUCGUGCCCAAAUACAAACCGGAUGAUGCCAUUGUGGUUUAUUAUCGGCCUUUCUACUACGACGCCGUGGUGCUGCGCAGUGUCGACCCUCAUCAUUGCCCAGAUUACGACAAGGACAUCCCGGCUUACAAAAUCCGGUACACUGGAUGGGGAAAAUCGUUUGACGAGGACAUUGUGGAAUGGGAUGCGUUUUGUCCCUCGGUGAAUGGACAGAAUUUUCCGCUGCAGUUACUCUAUGCGCACUACUGGAACUUGCUUCAGAUAAGGUUGGUGCGAAAGUUGUCGUCCCAACAGAAGAAAGGAAUCUUCGCUCUGCAGCCCGUUGAAUUGGCUCGUUGUGAGCGGCAGUGGCAGGAGGAGAUGAGUCGGGACUAUCCGGAUGAGAAUCUGACUUUCGCGCAGUGGAUUGGCGUCGAAAAAUGAACGAAGGAUCGGUGUGCCUGAAGUUCGCGUUCUAUCGUAAUUGCCGAAGAAUCUCCUGCUUUUUUAUGUUGAUUCGGCUGCGAGGUCGGUCUUUUGCGUUCCUGUCUAUUGUUUUUGCUCUAAUUCAUUUAUUCGGUUUAUAUGUUUAGUACGGACAUAUCGGUCGUGUGAGACUCCGAAGUGAUUUACAAUUAAGUUUGCACAGUUUUUGACGUCGCGAUUUCGCCUUUCUUGCGUUGCGAUGGCUUCAGGCUUCCAGAUCUUGUUGAAUUUUUGUCUGUACAAUUACGCAUGUUAUUUGUUUGAUUUAGGCUCAUUAAGCUGUGUUGUCCUGCGUCCAGUCGGUACUUGACUCUGUCUGUAGAAGUAUAGGUAACGAACAAGUGACAAGUGUGAAGUAUGUAAAUAUCUGUAAAUCAGUAGUGCUUUUUCAUAAAUAACAAUAAAUUUUA